AGAAGCUCACUCGUCUUCUACUUUAGCUCCUACUGUUGCCUGCCUGCUCUCUUUCUGCCGUAACCUUAGAGAGCAUAAAGAUGCAGCAGCCUCAACUCCUUAGAAAACCACUCUCCGUCUUCAAACCUUUGGUUAUCCUAAUCACUCUGCAACUACAAGCAAUUCCCAUUGUUGGUCUCUCUCCCUGCAGGAAUUUCUGUGGUAACAUUCCCAUAAACUACCCAUUUGGCCUCGACGAUGGGUGUGGGGCACCUCAGUUUAGGCACAUGUUUAACUGCACGAAUGACUUGUUCUUUCAAACGCCUUCAGGUGCUUACAAGGUUCAGUCCAUUGACUACGACAAGAAAACUAUGGUGAUCUAUGACCCUGCAAUGUCUACUUGCUCCAUUCUUCAGCCUCACCAUGACUUCGUUAUGACGGAUGUUCAAUCAGCCAUUAUUCCCCCAUCACAGGACACUGUUUUCGCACUCCUUAAUUGCUCUAUUGACUCCCCUGUUCUCAACCAUUAUAAGUACCUCUGCUUCAACUUCUCAGGUCACUCCUGCGACGAGCUUUAUGGGUCCUGCAAUGCCUUUCGGGUGUUCCAUCUAUUGACAAAUAGCUCACCACCUUGUUGUUUUACAAGUUAUAACACAGUGAAAUUCAUGAGCAUGAACAUAUUGGACUGUACACAUUAUACUUCGUUGUUUAACAUAAAUGGUUUGCGGGUGUUGGCCCUUUGGACUGGGUUUAUGGGAUCAAGCUGUCUUUUAGUGUGCCGGAUACUGGCUGCGAGAGAUGCAGGAAAUCUGGUGGCGCCUGUGGGUUUGAUACUGAUACUGAAGCUCUGCUCUGCCUCUGCUCAAGCACCGCCAAUUCUACUUUGGAAUGUGCUGCAGGAACAGGUAGCAUGAUGGCAAGCGGACGGAGCAAUGCUCCAAUGAUGCCUUACCAAUUAGCAAUGCUUCUUGGAUCAUUUCUUUGCGUGGCAACGAGGCUC